UUGGACUUUGGCUCCCAGAGUCUUCGGCCAUUGGGCAAAGUAGCUGAGGCUGCUGGGAGCUGAAGCCCCAAACACAAGCAGGGCCAGAGUUAGAGAAUCUUUCCUUGUAAGAAGUUGUAGAGAAAGAAGAGAACAAAAGAGAUGGCAGAAAUGCAGAUGGAUCAAGACUUAGCCCAACGACUCUUCUUUGAGGGUGCCACUGUUAUCAUUUUAAAUGUGCCUGAGGGAACAGAGUUUGGUAUUGACUACAACAGUUGGCAAGCAGGCCCCAAGUUCCGUGGAGUGAAGAUGAUACCCCCAGGUAUUCAUUUCAUUCACUACAGCUCUGUUGAUCAAAACAAUAAGAAAGAAAGUGGUCCUCGCACUGGUUUCUUCUUGAACUUGCAGCAGCGUGAUCUGCGAGUGCUAUGUUGGGACCGAGUAAAAGAAGAGGUGGAUCUCACCCCAGCGCCUGAAAAUGAAACUGAAGCAAUGAGAGACAAUCUCCAGGAAAUGGACCAAUUUCUGGGUCCUUACCCAUAUAAGACUCUUAAAAAGUGGAUCUCCCUCACAAAUUUAAUUACUGAAGAUUUGAUGCAAAAACUGCAGCCAGAAAAUGGACAAAUAUGUGCUUUUUCAGAGGUUCUACCUGUUCUGUCUGGAAAGUAUACUAAAGACAGGGUAGAACAGAACUUGCCCCGGUAUGACACAGAAUGCAAAAGUUAUGCAGAAGGACUGGCACGGCUGCCCAAAAUGCAGGUGAAACCUGGUACAGAGAUCAGAUUCACAGAAAUACCCAAGCAAAUGUACCCUGAAGGGGCUACACCUGAGGAAGUUACUAGGCAUAGCAUGGACCUAAGCUAUGCCUUAGAGACUGUGAUCAAUAAGCGGUAUGCCAGCAAUUCCCAGGAUGUGCUAGGAGAGCUGCAGUUUGCUUUCAUCUGUUUCCUGAUUGGGAAUGUAUAUGAUGCAUUUGAGCACUGGAAAAAGCUCCUGAAUCUGUUAUGCAGAUCAGAAGAUGCCAUUUUGAAGCAUCAAGCCAUGUUCGGCGAUCUCAUUUCUGUCCUCUACCAUCAACUCAGUGAGAUACCUGCUGACUUCUUCGUAGACAUAGUCUCCCAAGACAACUUUUUAACCAGCACCUUACAGGUGUUCUUCUCUUAUAUCUGUAUCCCAACUGUUGACAGGACUCUGAGAAAGAAGGCAGAGCGCUUUAAAGCUCAUCUAACCAAGAAAUUCAAGUGGGACUUUGAGGCUGAGCCAGAUGACUGUGCUCCUGUAGUAGUAGAACUACCAGAGGGAGCUCUUGUGGGUUGAAUGGGAAUAAUCCUCUGCCUGGUGGUUUUUAAAUAUUUUUAACUCUUUUCCCUCAUUGGAUCAUUAUUUAGUGAAAACUUUGUAUUUAGCCCAUCCAAUUCAUCAAUCCUACCUGGAGCCAGACAUAAAUAAAUAAAUAAACUUCAGUAAGUCAGUAAACUUCAUUCUUGGGGAAAAUAGAUACUCUAGGAAACAAAGACAACAUCUAGAACAUCCACAAAAUUGAGUCAAAUUAUCCAAAAGUGUUUUUUAAAUCCUUCAGUGAGAGUGUGUUAUCACAUAUACUUACCUGGGAAGAAGUAGCAUGGAAUUACUACUUCAUACUUCACAAACAUAUAGGAUUGUACAAUGUGGCUGCUAAAGAUGCAUAAGGGAUCUGUUAUAAAUAAAGUAUUAUUAUUAUUUGCUGGAUAAUUUUAUUUUAGACAUUGGGGUUUUUAAAAAUCUUAGUAUCUUUUGUGUCAUGCUGUAUAAAUGAAGAAGUCAUAAUUUUGAAUGGUCUUAUACUCAGAACACUGAACAUCGGCUUCUAGAAGAUGCCUGAAUAGAGAGAUAAUCCAAAUGAGGCUACACCACGUCCUUCACAUAUACAUACAACUCAGCAUUGGCACUUAUUAUAAAUUUCAAGGUUUUGCUUGUAUUCAAAGCAUUUUCUUUUACCAGAUCUUUCCUGGUAGAACUUUUAGCAUGUCCAUUCAGUGUACUUGAAUUCUUUGUUGCUUUUACACUUAUACCACACCUCUGUCUAGCUCAAUGGAUAACACCCCUUCCUUUUUUCAGAGUAGUGAAAUCUCUAUGGGGCACAGAUGUGAAGCAAGGGGAAAUCCUGUCUAUUAAAUAGCAGUAUCCUACCUAUAAGUUGUUACUAAAAAGCUGUAUUAAAUGUUUUCAUUUCUUUUUCUUUUCAUUCUCAGGGUAAACAGUGACUUUCUGUUAUAACUGCAGAGCAAUGAAAAUGCUAUAAAACAGCCUGCAGCAAGCUCACUGCCUGUUAUCUUCUAGUGCUUUAUCUGGGGUACAGGAUGCUGCUGAAUUUUUCAAACAAGAAACUCUACUGUGUAGGGAUUUAGCUGUUAGUCCUUUUCUAUUCCUUUUCAGGCUGUUAGGCUUUUUCAAAUGUUGGUUUGUGUAUCUUACAAGAUAACCUGUAUGUCAGUCUCCAGCACACAGUAAAUCUUCCUGUAUUAGGUUUUCUUACAAAAUGUCCCUAAAGUCUUUUGUAAGUGA